CGAUAUUAUUGUGGGAGUUCGGGCUCAAUGUGGCCGGUUAGUUUGUUUAUAUUUUGCCUGUUGGUCUUUAAUAAAAGCUGAUCGAGAUUGUUAAACAGAAUAAGCAUGUCUGCUGACUAUGCACACCUGUGCUCAUCUAUACUGGAGCAAUGCUUUGGCAAAGUUGUACAGUCCGUGGCGGAUUGCCUCUUCUCAGCUACCACGCGCACACUGUCACAAAUUGUGAGCAGCACGAAUUUCUCUCGUAAGGAAGUGGUGCUCGCUGUGGCGGUUCUGAUCAAAUUUCGUCUGGUCAACUUUGAGCCAUCCAAGAACAACCCAUUUCUGGCCGAAUAUUCGCUGAGGCGGGAAGAUGUGAUAUGCCUGCUUCGAUACUCCCGCUAUAUUCAUCUUGUACAGACGAAGUACGGGAAUGUAGGUGCUUCAAUAGCGGAGGAGCUGCUCAAUGCGGGCUCGGAAACGGCAACCGGCUUAUUGCUCAAAUGUUUAUCUGACGGUGAAAACAAGGCGGAGAGUGCCGAAACUUAUAGAGAUACAUUUAUCAAAAUGAUAUCCGAUCAUUACAUCAUUAAAAUUCCGGAACUGAUGCCAGGCGAUGAGCAGGAUGAGGCUGUGCCCAAGUUCCAGAAAAACGAAUGUGGCUUCUUUGUGCCACCCAACAUAGAUCUACAGUUGUUGGCGCAGAUCCAAAAAGGCGAGGCGACUCUAUCGAAGGCAUUGGAUGGGGCCAUCGUGUGGAGCCUUAACUAUGAUCGGUUCCAUCAAGAGUUCCGGGAUGACAUCAUGAAGCUUGCCAUUGAGCGAAAGUUGGGAGAAAACGCCGCUGAAUGCUUUAGUUUUAUCUUAAACCUCAUAUAUAAUACCACCGAUCCGUGGCAGAGAAAAGCUUCAAACUUGGUCACAUUUGUGGAGAUAAAACAAGCGAUUGAGCGUAAAUCGAAUAAUAUGGAAUUGAUUAAAUAUUUGGAUCAGUAUAUAUGCUUGAUAAUGGAUGACUCUCUUGGCUUUCUCCGCAAAGUGGGCGACAUGGGUGGUGGUCAGUAUUUGGUGGACAUGGAGAAGACAUUCGAAUCGUUGGCCUUUGCUUGUGUGGAGGCUGUUAUAACCGAACGAUUCGGCUCGAAAGCUGCGCGUAUAUUUCGUGUGAUACGCGUUAAGAAAUUCAUCGAACAGGAAGAUCUACAAAAGGAGGCUAUGAUACCAGCAAAGGAGGCCAAGUCCCUUGCCUAUAAUCUCUUUCAGGAACAAUUCAUACAUGUUAAAGUUAUCAAGAAGCCCGGCGGAGGAGGGAGUGGUCCGGCCAAGGCAUUCUACCUAUUUCAAAUCAAAGAUAAAGAUACUGUGCGAAUGUUGCUGGACAAUUGCUUCAAGUCCUUGUACAAUACGAUAAGACGUUCUAACUAUGAGAAAAAUGAGCAUAAAGGGUUGAUUGAGAAAUCGCAAAGGCUGGACAGCAUAGUGGAGGCGAUGAAGGAGCGUGGCGAAUCGGACGAAUAUAUUGCGGAGAUUGUGGAGACGUUUACACCACCCGAAUGUGAAAUACUAAAUAAAGUUAAGAACCGCAUAAAGACCUUGUCCAAAGCCGAAAUGACACUGGACGAUACGAUUUUUCUAUUACAAAUGUAUCAGCACCACUGUACGACACUGCCAACAGGAAUUCAGAAGUUUAAAUAAAAAUCAAAAUAAAACAAA